CUGCAAAGUCUACGGCUCGCGGGAGGGCGGAAGUGGGACACUUGUACAGUAGCCCCGCGAAGACAAUAGAGUCGGGAAGCCGCUCUGGGUGUGACGCGGGGGCUUCGCGAUGGAGCUGAGCGAAAUGCUCUACAACAAGUCCGAGUACAUCGAGACGGCAUCUGGGAACAAAGUGAGCAGACAAUCUGUGCUGUGUGGAAGCCAGAACAUCGUGCUCAAUGGCAAGACAAUCGUCAUGAAUGACUGCAUCAUCCGAGGGGACUUGGCCAAUGUGAGAGUUGGGCGCCACUGCGUGGUCAAAAGCCGAAGUGUCAUCCGUCCACCUUUCAAGAAAUUCAGCAAGGGGGUUGCAUUUUUCCCUCUGCACAUUGGUGACCACGUUUUCAUUGAGGAGGACUGCGUCGUCAAUGCGGCUCAGAUCGGCUCCUACGUCCACAUAGGCAAGAACUGCGUCAUUGGUCGCCGGUGCGUCCUCAAAGACUGCUGCAAGAUCCUUGACAACACAGUCUUGCCUCCGGAAACAGUGGUCCCACCUUUUACCGUCUUUGCAGGCUGCCCAGGGCUCUUCUCUGGAGAACUUCCCGAGUGCACACAGGAGCUGAUGAUUGACGUCACCAAGAGCUACUACCAGAAGUUCCUGCCCCUCACCCAGGUCUAGCCGUCUCCACCUAGCCCUCCCGUGGCCCUCUGCAGGAGGAAGAGUGGGAAGAAUCUUCGGCGUGACUGCCGUGGCUUGUGUGAGUCCUGCAAGCAGCUGGCCCCAGGCCCGACUGGCAGAGUCUGCAGAAGCUGCCUUGUAUAACACCAUCUUCCCUUUUGGGGCAUCCCCUUCAUUCCUCUGCCUCACACCCUUGCCCAUGAUCUGGACUGUUCUGUCCCAUGUGGGAGGCCUUUUCCCACUGACCACCAUAGCCCUGCCACUGACCAGCCUGGACUAACCCCACUGUCUACUCCUUUGCUUGUGAGAGACUCGCAUGUUAUUUAUUUAUCCCUAGAUCCAGGGUGCAUUGGAAUGUGAAAUGGGCAGAGACAAACCUCCUGAGUGGGAGGACGGCCAGCCAGCCUAUAAGCAGGGGGGGGGUCCUGUGUGAUUCUGCUGUCAUCUCCCCACACCCAACACAUUCCUGAUUAGAGGCCAACGUGACCAGAGGCCCCUCAGCACCCUCUCC